AUGGGCUCCUGGCUCCCUGGCUGUGUGGUCCUCUGUCUCCUGGGAGCAGGCCCCAUGGAAGCCCAAGUGACCCAGACCCCAAGACACUUCAUUACAGGGACCAGAAAGAAGUUGACAAUGACUUGUUCUCAGAAUAUGAACCACGAAGCUAUGUACUGGUAUCGACAAGACCCAGGGCUGGGUCUAAAGCUGAUUUACUACUCAAUUAAUGUUCAGGUGGUUGAGGAGGGAGAGGUCCCUGAUGGGUACACUGUCUCCCGGAAAGAAAAGAAGAAUUUUCUUCUGACCCUGGACUCGACCAGCAUCAACCAGACCUCUCUGUACCUCUGUGCCAGCAGUUUAUCCACAGCACUGCACAGCCAGCUGCUCUCUGCACAAAAAGGUCUCCUGGAUGCAAAAGUAACUCAGACCCAAAGAUACCUAGUCAAAAAGAUGAAAGAUAAAGUUUCGCUGGAAUGUUUACAGGAUAUGAACCAUGAAAGAAUGUUCUGGUAUCGACAGGACCCAGGUCUGGGGCUACGACUGGUCUACUUCUCAUAUGAUGUUGACAAUAAUGAGAAAGGAGAUGUCUCCGAGGGUCAGGGCAGAGGCCAUCACCUAAAGAUGCUGACUCUCCUGCUGCUUCUCCUGGGACGAGGCUCUGUGUUUGGUGCUCUCCUCUUCCAAAAGCCGAGCAGGGACAUCUGUCAACGUGGGACCUCCAUGAUGAUCCGGUGUCAGGUGGAUAGCCAAGUCAGCUCAAUGUUCUGGUACCGUCAGCUCCUGGGACAGAGCUUGGAACUGAUUGCAACUGCAAAUCAGGGCUCUGAGGCCACAUAUGAGAGCGGAUUUACCAAGGACAAGUUUCCCAUCAGCCGCCCAAACUUAACAUUCUCAACUCUGACUGUGAGCAACCUGAGCCCUGAAGACAGCAGCUUAUACCUCUGCAGCGCUGGAGACACAGGAAGAGAAGGAUUGAACACUGAAGUUAUCUUUGGAGAAGGCACCAGGCUCACAGUUGUAGAGGACCUGAGCAAGGUGACCCCACCCAAGGUCACUGUGUUUGAGCCAUCGGAAGCAGAGAUUUCCCGGACCGACAAGGCCACGCUGGUGUGCCUGGCCACAGGCUUCUACCCCGACCACGUGGAGCUCAGCUGGUGGGUGAAUAGGAAGGAGGUCCACAGUGGGGUGAGCACAGACCCUCAGCCCUACAAGGAGCAGAGCGGCCUCAACAACUCCAGCUACCGCCUGAGCAGCCGCCUGAGGGUCUCGGCCUCCUUCUGGCACAACCCCCGCAACCACUUCCGCUGCCAAGUCCAGUUCUACGGGCUCACGGAUGAAGACCAGUGGACCUACGACUCGGCCAAACCCAUCACUCAGAACGUCAGUGCCGAGGCCUGGGGCAGAGCAGACUGUGGCCUCACCUCGGUGUCCUAUCAGCAAGGGGUUCUUUCUGCCACUGUCCUCUAUGAAAUCCUGCUGGGGAAGGCCACCCUGUACGCGGUGCUGGUCAGCGCCCUGGUGCUGAUGGCCAUGGUCAAGAAAAAGGAUUCCUGAAGCCAGCUCUGGAGGUGGAGUCGGAAGCUUCCAACCCACUAUGGCGCCAAUAUGGAUUCUCCUUCUGCCAGUGCUUCUGAAAAGCUGUUCUCAUCUCUCUGCUCAUACAGUAUCUACCCCUCUGUGCAUGCACAGCUGCACAUUCAUCACUAGAAUUUCCCUAACCCAGAGGGGACCCUUGUGUGCCUAAGUGACCAAACCAAUAAAAAUGUU